AGGAAUGGCUCCUUGUUGGUACCAAACAAGGGCAUCUUCUGCUUUACAGGAUCAAGAAAGACAUAGUGCCAGGAGAGGUUAUAUCAUCAGAAAGUGUCUGUUGCAAUAGAUUUGAAGUGACACUGGAGAAAUCCAACAAGAACUUCUCAAAAAAGAUUCAGCAGAUUCAUGUUGUUUCUCAGUUUAAAAUUCUGGUCAGUCUAUUAGAAAAUAACAUUUAUGUCCAUGACCUGUUGACAUUUCAACAAAUCACCACAGUUUCCAAGGCAAAAGGCGCAUCUCUCUUCACUUGUAAUCUUCAGCAGUCAGAUACAGGGGAAGAGGUGCUGAGAAUGUGUGUGGCAGUGCGGAAGAAGCUACAACUUUAUUUUUGGAAGGACAGAGAGUUCCAUGAACUACAGGGAGACUUCAGUGUACCUGAUGUACCCAAAUCUAUGGCCUGGUGUGAAAACUCCAUCUGUGUAGGCUUCAAGAGGGACUAUUACCUGAUACGGGUGGAUGGAAAAGGAUCCAUCAAAGAGUUGUUUCCCACAGGGAAGCAGCUGGAACCAUUGGUAGCUCCUGUAGCAGGUGGAAAAUUUGUGGUUGGUCAAGAUGAUCUGACAGUUGUGCUCAAUGAAGAAGGGAUCUGUACGCAGAAAUGUGCCUUGAAUUGGACAGAUAUUCCUAUAGCCAUGGAACACCAGCCUCCCUACAUUAUUGCUGUUCUGCCAAGGUAUGUGGAGAUCCGCACUUUUCAACCCCGGCUGCUGGUACAGAGUAUCGAGCUGCAGAGACCACGCUUCAUCACCUCUGGAGGUACGAAUAUUAUAUAUGUGGCAAGUAAUCACUUUGUUUGGCGUCUCAUUCCGGUGUCCAUAGCCACGCAGAUCCAGCAGCUUCUGCAGGACAAGCAGUUUGAGUUGGCUUUGCAGUUGGCAGAAAUGAAAGAUGAUUCAGAUAGUGAGAAGCGACAACAAAUUCACCACAUAAAGAACCUCUUUGCCUUCAACCUCUUCUGCCAGAAGCGCUUUGAUGAAUCCAUGCAGGUUUUUGCCAAGCUUGGUACAGAUCCCACUCAUGUGAUGGGUCUGUAUCCUGACCUCCUGCCCACAGAUUACAGGAAACAGCUGCAGUAUCCCAACCCCCUGCCAGGGCUGUCUGGGGCAGAACUGGAAAAGGCACAUUUAGCUCUGAUAGACUACUUAACUCAAAAAAGAAGUCAGCUGGUGAAGAAGCUAAAUGAUUCUGACCAUCAGUCCAGUACUUCACCCCUCAUGGAAGGCACACCCACGAUCAAAUCGAGAAAGAAGCUGCUACAAAUCAUCGAUACCACCCUGUUAAAAUGUUACCUCCAUACAAAUGUAGCACUGGUGGCACCAUUGCUACGUCUAGAGAACAAUCACUGCCAUAUUGAGGAGAGUGAGCAUGUACUAAAGAAGGCACACAAAUAUAGUGAACUGAUAAUACUGUAUGAGAAGAAAGGUCUGCAUGAGAAAGCAUUACAGGUACUGGUGGAUCAGUCAAAGAAAGCCAACUCACCUUUGAAGGGCCAUGAGAGGACAGUGCAAUAUCUGCAGCAUUUGGGCACAGAGAACUUGCACUUGGUAUUUUCAUACUCUGUCUGGGUGCUAAGAGAUUUUCCUGAAGAUGGACUGAAGAUAUUUACAGAAGACCUCCCUGAAGUGGAAGCUUUGCCACGAGACAAAGUGCUCAGUUUCUUGAUGGAAAAUUUUAAAAGCUUGACUAUUCCUUAUCUGGAACACAUCAUUCAUGUCUGGGAAGAAACCGGUGCAGACUUUCACAACUGUCUGAUCCAGCUGUACUGUGAAAAAGUGCAGGGCUUAAUGAAAGAGUAUCUUGAUUCUUUCCCUGCAGAUAAAACUCCAGUUCCUGCUGGGGAAGAAGGAGGAGACUUGGGGGAUUACCGGAAAAAACUUCUACUUUUUCUGGAGAAGUCUAGCUGGUAUGAACCUAGUCGACUGAUUAGUGACUUCCCCUUUGAUGGUCUGCUAGAAGAACGUGCUCUACUCUUGGGUCGUAUGGGGAAGCAUGAGCAAGCUCUGUUUAUUUAUGUUCAUAUUUUGAAGGACACCAACAUGGCUGAAAACUACUGCCAUAAACAUUAUGACAGAAACAAAGAUGGCAACAAAGAUGUCUAUCUGUCACUGCUCCGCAUGUAUCUCUCCCCACCUAGUGUUCAUUGCCUGGGACCAAUCAAGAUGGAAGUGCUGGAGCCUCAAGCCAAUUUGCAGGCUGCUCUGCAGGUUUUGGAACUACAUCAUAGCAAACUGGAUACCACUAAGGCAAUAAACCUACUACCUGCAAAUACCCAGAUUAGUGAGAUUCGAAUCUUCUUAGAGAAGGUCCUUGAAGAAAAUGCUCAGAAGAAGAGAUUUAAUCAAGUACUCAAGAAUCUUCUUCACGCAGAAUUCCUGAGAGUCCAGGAGGAGCGGAUCUUGCAUCAGCAAGUGAAGUGCAUUAUUACAGAGGAGAAGGUGUGCACUGUAUGCAAAAAGAAGAUAGGCAACAGUGCAUUUGCUCGGUACCCUAAUGCGAUAGUUGUGCAUUAUUUCUGCUCCAAAGAAGUCAACACAUUGGACACCUGACCUUGUCAUGGUUAAUGAUCCCAACGUUCAUAUGAAAUUCAGAACUGAUUACUUAAGAAGUUCAUGCCUCUGAGAUUUUUUUGAGGCUUGUUGCUAGAUUCUUUUACACUGGGUAGAAGUCAUUUGUAUCUGUGGACUGACUGUACCUAUCUGGCAAUGUUAAUUUACUAGAAAAUGACUUUAACCAUGUUAUUAUAGUGCUGGCAACUACACUGAACCUCUCAGUACUCAGAUGAGGAGUAGAAACUGAUUUUUGUAGUGAGUUUUGUAUUGCGCUCCA